AUGUCUGAAGCUGGAUCUGAUUCAGCCUUGGCAUCUUCUGCUCCCACCCCAGUGCCCUGGGACAUACCGCCUGCUCUUGAUGAAGGUGCUGUCCGUUUCAAAGAUCAAGUUGAGCUGGCUACACAAGCCUUACAGAGCCAGGUCCUGGACCUGCAUGGAGGCCCUAUGCAGUAUCUUGAAGCAAAGUUGCAAGAUGUUGAGCAGAAGCGUGACUUUGCCACCUGGCUUUGGGACACAUUUCCUUUGGACGAAAGCAAAGAGUAUGCCUUGGAUUCGCCAAUUCCAUCUGUAGACUUGAAGCGACGUGCUGAAACGUUGCCAAGUCGUGUGCAUGUUUCGAUGCUUGGUUUUUGUGGGCUUUGCACUUUGAAGCCACCGCCUUCGGCGCACGCUUCUGGUUUGUUAGUGCAGCGUAUCCUCAAUGAAGGCUUUGACACUGGAAAGCCUCUCCUGGUCAAACAUGUGACCCCGUGUGAUGUCAUGGAGAGUCCGUGGGCCAGUUUCACCUCUGGGAUGCCGAUUCCUCCUUUUGGCCUUGGAUAUGUGAAGGGAAUGCUCCGGGCCACUACUUGCUUGGCGCUCCUCCACCUCUUCUGGGCAGACGGUAAAGGGACUGCUUUGUUGCGUACUUUCUCCAAAUUCAAGGAGUCGUGUGAGGUCAUCUAUGUCCAGCAUGUGGUCCUGCCUAGCUUGGAAAGUGAAAUUUUCAACAACUUCUUGCUGAGCAUCCGAGACAGCGUUUGCAAACCUCCGAACUUCAUGACUUGGAUCCACACUCUUCGUAGCCUCCAGAAGAAAGGCUAUGAAGACAGCGCUGCUGUCACUGUCCGCUACAACCAGCUUCUGCCCAAGUCCUCUCACUUGGUUGGUUCCAAGGCUGUUGCCUUAGGAAACCUGAUGAACUUAUUUCCUGAAGACCUGAUUGAGUUGCUUCAAUCCCAUGUCUCCAAGUAUGGCUGGGACGGCUGUGUGCUUUCUGAUGAUGCUUUGUCGAGCAAGAGAAUUCUUCCUACUUACCAACACAAAGCACCGCACAAAAGCUGGAACACAUUAAUGGCUAUGAGCUCUGAGGCUACCACUUUGCUGUUCAAGAGGCUGAUCAAUGAGUUUGAAAAGCCUAAUUCUUGCAAGAAGAAAGUGGAUCGAAGUCGGGUUGACGCUGUAGCAGAAGCUGCUGCUUUACUUGUCAACCUUGCUAAGCAGUUGCAGGAAAUGUUUCCUAUCAGCGCUGCUGAUAUUGAAACCCAUGUGUAUCAGCCUUGGCUUGAUGGCGCCCAUGGAUGGGACUUGGAGCUGCAUGAAGUGCAGUCCGAGAGGCGGGACAAAUGGGUGGUCACUGACAUCAAGGCCUUCCGAAAUGUGGCUGAUAUGUGUAACUGCAAAGUUCCACUGGGCCCAGGCAGCACAACAGAGAUCCUCCUGACGCGCUUGGAUGAAGACAAAUGGUCACUGGUAUCAAAACAAUUGGAAUAUGAUCUCCAAUGUUUCCGCCUUCACCUCUCUAAGGUUGGAAGUUUUGAGCUUGCUGUGCACCAUGCGAAGCUUGACUGGUCCAAGAAACGCCAUGAGGAGGCAAACCGGUGGGCUCAGCAGUGGUUGAAGAACAAGGGGUCUGUCGUGGCAUAUGAUUCCUCUGAGGUUGGUGCCUUGGAUCGCGCUGUGACAGAGCAACUCUCUGUCUUAUUGAAGCACAAUGGCCUGCAGAAACACACGGUUAUACUAUCUAUCUUGAACUGGGCUGCGCCGGCUGCCCAUACACAGAGCCAGCAAGAAGCAGAAUCUGGUUGCUUCUGCCGACUUGUUGCUGAGCAGCCCCAGAACUUGGGCCUACUACUGUCGCCAGUUUUUCACUACAAGAUCCAUCAGCGCCGUGCCUUGGAACACUUCUUGCUCCGGAGCAUCUCUGGCAAAGGUGUUGAUGUGGAGUUUCAGGCUGCCCUCACCUUCCGGGACCGAAAAGACUCUCGGGAUACGCGGGCAUUGCUUUAUCCUUUGAGGGUUGUCCGGCCUUUUGUUGAGGCGGACCCAGAUGUGGAUGAUGAUGGAUCUGAGAGUCGCAAGCGGCCCGCUGCAAAGAAAAGGCGUCUCACUGAACCAGUUGAGGUGGUGGACACUGACAAGCUGCCAAGCACCAAGCUUGCUGAGGCGCCGCUGAGUGGCUUGAAAAAAGAAGCUAAUGGCAAGGUCCUCCUACGAGUUGAUGAGGCACAUGGAUGGUGGCCUCCAGGGCAUGCGUGA